AUGAUAGCAACGCUUGACAGUGCAGGAAUGCGGCAUGUGACGACUGCAACUCCUGCACCGUCGAUUCUUGCAAUGCAAGCGUUGGAUAUGCCUAUUCAACAAUCAGCUGUAACAACUACAACGGCUACACCGUCGAUUCGAUUCGUGCAGUGCAAUCGUUUUAUGUGCGAUGUACAAAUUCGAAGGUCCACUGUGAUGAUUAGAAUACUGGUACAGUCGAGUCCUGCAAUCGAAGCCUUGGAUGCGCCUGAUCAACAAUCAGCUUUGACGACUAGAACGCCUGCUCCGUCUACUCGUGCCAUACAAGCGUUGGGUGUAGCCAUUCGACAAUUAGCUUUACCGAUAGUAAUGCUUGAAACGCCGAUUUGUGCGUUACAAGUGUUGGAUGGGGCCAUCAUAGUAUCAGCUGUGAUGACUACAACGCCUGCACAGUCGAUUCCUGGAAUGCAAGCGGCGGAUGUACCCAUUCAACAAGCAGCUGUAACGAUAGCAAUGCUCGCACCGACGAUUUGUCCUCUCCGUCGAAAGGUUGUUUGUUCACUCCUACAACUUGUAACGAUAACACCGCCUGCACGGCCGCUUCGUGCAAUGUACCGAUUCUCAGCUCGAAUGUCGACAAAAUAUUCGCCGACUGCGCUAGUUCUCUUUACCGUAGAGACAACUUUGGUGGCAGUCUUGCAGUUUAUUGGUCAUUGUUAG